GCGCCCCAGAGACAAUACGAAAUGUUCCCGUCCGCCUUGCUCGUGCUGCUUGGCUCGGCCUUUGUCGCGCCCCAGAUGAUCGACUUCUUCGAAGGAUGCGUACCGAUGGGACAAGAACAAGACCCUGGCGGCUGCGUCCUGGCACCCGAAAGCUGGCUCAGUAUGAGCACGUUCCGCCGUUACGCCCAACUGGCCUUAGCAAACGCCCAUAUUCAGCCAGACGAGGGGCACCUUAACACUCUUCUUGAAUUGACUCGUAUAGCAACUGAGCGGACCGACGGUUUCACAAUCAUAUUGGAGUUCACCACCGUCAAGAGUACGUGCGAUAGCUCGGUUGCAUAUUCCGAGGACCAGUGCCGACCACUUUACAGUAAGGCAAAUGGGCUGUGCCAGGCAGUGAUUAGAAACCGCGAUGUUAUGAGGUUUGAAGACGCCUGGUGUGUUCCACUCUUUGAGGACUAGAGCAACCUGCAGCUUUCAAACAUAAAGCAAUUUUUUCUUCGGUAGAAAACACAAAAAGCGGUCAAGCGCACCUUCCGCACAAAACGUGGACAUUAAAUAAAUUUUGUAUUCACUAUUCUCACUGCUUCGUGAGCUCACAACAUGCAAGGUUGCGGUUUCCAACAACGAGGAAAA